AUGGCGGCCGCCUCGGCGCCUAUAGGGCCUGAGCCCUUCCUAGCGAUUGGACCUAGUACAAUCAAGGAGGAGCUCAGGAAAGAAAGGAACAUACAAAGAAUCAACACUGGCGUAACACUACAGGUUUACGUCAAGCAAAACAACUACUGGGAGGCUACAACCUCACGAGAAGAGUGGCUUUUCGGACCUCACGGCAAGGAGGUAGUUAAUUUGCAUAGUUAUUGGCAGUCAUUCUACGAUUCAGUAGAUCCACCGACAUCGGCGGACGAUAUUGUGCGAACCAUAGGUGAUAGCUUGGUUCGUAUAGUAGCACAUAAGGCACAAGUAGAGCCUGGUCAACCCUUGGAGUUAACGCACUACUUACAUAAUGAUGAAUAUAAGGGUUUCCUGAUAAGUUACCAACUUUCGGAUAGUUUGCAUAAUCGCACGCUUGCUCUUGAAACUCGAAUUAGACCAGCGGUGUACGUGAAGUACGCGAAAAAUUCAAAAUUGGCGAAAAAACUCCGUAAUUUCGAAGUUGCGUCUGAUUUUGAUCUGAAGGAACAAGUGUCUCGUAAUUUCGCUAAAAUGCUUGGCCCUUUCUCCGAGCCUGUGCUAAGCUUUACACUGGCCGGUACUGCGUCGGCAGCGCAAGAUGAUGCUGCACAUUCGUAUAAUCUAACGCUGCUAUGGAUUGACCCCGUUGGCCGAUUGCAGGAUUUCAACGAACUGCACAUAGAAGACUCACAGGCGGACGCAAUAAAUUACUCGAAAGCUGUUCUGAAACAUCCAAUAAUGCCAGGCAUAUGGACAACCAAGUUAAUCGGUCGCACCGCUAUAUAUGCCCAAACUAAAUUUCUUGUAGUUCCAUUAGCUGUAGCAGCUGGUAAGCCUAUCAAGCCAGAGAGAGCAAGGAUAGUGAAUGGUGGUUCUGAGCCAUCAUUAGCCGGAACUUUUGAAAUACCAGCCGAAUGGCGUCAGUAUUUGCCAACACCCUUGGACGAUCAGCGACUUAAUAAUGAAUUCAAAAAGGCCCAACGAAGUGGGAAGGACCUCAAAACUUGGGUGGACGAUCUGGUGGUUAAAUUCUUCUUCUUGCGUGAAACGUGUGCAGUGGAAGAGAAUGCGCUACAAAUGAAACUCUCAGCACAUGAGGCGUUGCAUUUAUGUCGGGGGACACCUUGGAGCUCUCUGGCACCCGAUCCAAAAAGUGAUGUUUAUGCUUUGCUCAAAAGUUGA